AUGUCUGGGAACCCACACUAUCACAUCAUUCACCGCAUGGUGCCACUAAUCUGUCAAGCAUUGAUAGCUGCACCAGAAGAUGAGACAGUUUGGUUAGAGGGAUUAAGGAUGUUAUCAAAUCCAAAACUGAAGGCUGCUUUAAAUCUGACAUCUUCAAUCUGGUUACCACUAUUGCUGAGAGGACUGGAAAUUGCAAGACCUAUUACAGUAAUUCAAUCAGCCUUGAGAUUACUGGACCAUGUUUCAGAAAUUCUGGAACCCAUGAAAAUCUGCUUGGUCAAGCCUCUCAGGGUCUUAGGGAAGGAAGAAGGUCUUGAAGACAUGGAAGAAUUGAUUCAUGUAAUUGAAAAGCUAGAUUUAACUAUUUGGAACAGGGAGAAACAGCUUAUUGGCAGACCAAAAGAAUCUAGAACAGCACAGAACUCUCAAGCAAAUACACCUUUACCUCCUUUAUCGAAUGUACAACCAUCUCAGAAAGAGCAGCAUCCCCUUUUGGCUGAGAUUUUGGCUCAUAACUUGCCUCCCAAAUCCAGGAAUGUUCAACAAGCUUGGUCUCAGACUCUGCUGUCAUCAGCUCAUGACAACCCUAAAGUUUGGCUUCAUAACCUCUUUCAGGCAACUUUAGAGGCAAGCAGUAUUCCAGAGUUGGUGAUUGCUUCAAAGCUUGGUCCACUCAUCCAUGAGGAAUUAUUCCAAACAGCCUUCAUGAAAUGUUACCUCUUACUUGAAUCAGAUCAAUCCUUUAAGGAAGCUGAGACUUUCCCUAUCCAAGAAAAUGUUGCCAACUUGGUUGAGACCAAUAUUAGAGUUGGAUCUGCUGGUUAUGAUGCUGCUUGGAGCACACUUCUUUGGCUGGAAAAUGACUGGCAAGUUGAACCUGAGCCAAUGUGGAUCACUCAGCUCAGUCACUGGCAGCAAGCUUUAGAAGCUCAGGAUAAAUUGGACGAGGGUCAAGAAGAAGCCAGUUUUUCUUCCUUCAACACUAGAAUGAUCUGCUACCAUGCCCUGGGUGCUUAUCAACAGGGGUAUGAGCUUGCUCAAAACCUUUUUGAAGGUUUGAAUGACCAUGAAAGAAGAAACACAGCUCACUGGGCAACAGCAGCUUCUUGGCAUAUGGGUGACUUUGAAACAAUGGCAGACUACCUUGCUUUUCAUCCUAAAGGGACAAGCAAAUCACUUUACAAAGCCGUUAUUGAUGUGCACAAUGGUCAAUAUGCUUCAGCUUUCCAUCAUAUCAGUAAAGCCCAAAGUCUUUCAUAUGAUGAAGUUCAAGUUCAGCUUGAUAUUGGACCUCACAUAGCACAUAGGAGUCUAGCAAAGACUGAGUUAUUGAUUGAAUUGCAAGAAGUCAUCCAAUAUAAAUCUCAACCUGAAAUGAGGGACAACAUAAUCAACACUUGGAAGACAAGGUUUAAGAAAAGCCAUGCAGAUCCUAAUACUUGGCUGAAAAGAUUGGAGUUAUGGAGUUUAGCUGUUCCUCCAACUACUUUCCCACUUCAAAAUUGUUUUCUCAACACUGCAAAAUUGUGUGAAAGCUCUGGGAUGUCCCAUGCUGCUCAAACUAUUCUGAGAAAGAUUACACCAAAAGUUCCCCCUCCUGGGUGCAAAGUUGAAUAUACAAGGCUUAGAUUUGACUGGAAGACAGCAUAUCAAAAACAAGAUCUACCUGGUAUGCAACAUGUGUACAACAGGCUGAUAUCUCAUACUCAAGAGUUUCUACAACACAUCAAGAUUGAUAAAGAAGAAUUAGAGAUGGAAGGUCUUGGUUUACAGCCAUUAUCUGUCAUGGCCAAUCACACUAAAUUAGACCAUCAAAUCCUGGCAAGAAGGUAUUAUAGGAUUGCAGACUGGAUUGCAGUCCUUCAAGGCCCAACAUGGGCCAGUGAUGAGGACUCUCAAGUGCUAAAUUAUACGUCUUUAGCUUCUAAGCUUGAUAAUAGUUGGUAUACCCCAGCUUUUGCUUUAGCAGAUAGAUCAAUUUUGGUAUUUGAAACAAGUGGAUACUCUAAAUCUGAUGCAAUUGCAGUCAGCAGCUAUAUUAUACCUGCUCUAAGAGGUUUGUUUUUGGCAGCAAGAACAAAGGAAAACCCAGAUUUUGUCAUCAAAGCCCUCUUGAGAUUGGUUACCCUCUGGUUCAAUUUUGGGGAAAGUACAGCUGUUUUAGUUGAGGUGGAAAGUCAACUUAGUUUGACAUCAGUUGAACCAUGGUUAUCAGCUUUGCCACAGCUUAUUGCAAGACUUGGGACACCCCAGAAAGACCUGCAAUACACACUCAUCAAUCUCCUCAAAAGUAUUGCAUCACAAUAUCCACAUGCUGUUAUUUGGCCUCUGUUAACUGCAACUCAAACAAGUAAGGUCGAACAUCAAGAUGCAGCAAGAGUGAUCAUGAGUUUCAUUUGUACAAUGCCUGAUGGUAUCAGAUUGGUUGAUCAAGCGGAGCUUGUGGGCAAAGAAUUGAUCAGAACUUCAGCUAGCUGGAUGGAGAAGUGGAGAGGACUGAUUGAAAGAGCUAUACCAAGACAACAUAUGAUGGACACUGCUUGGCAUGAAAUUCCUGAUCGCUGGGAACUUGAUAUUGAAAGUCUCAAGGCACCUGAGACACCAGAUGAAGAGCAAUUUGUCCAGAUGUUUGGAGAACAGCUCUUACAAAUUGACAGGAUUUUGCAUAGAUACAAGUCAACCAGACAGGUCAGCUUACUUGAGUUUGUUUAUAGAGAGCUGUACAAGCUAUAUGGAGACAUUGAAGCUCAACUCAACCAAUGGAAGUUACCUGGCACUAAAUUACAUCUUGCCAGUACUGCACCUAAGCUGUUGUCCUUAAGAAACUGUGUCUUGACUGUUCGUGGCCAAUAUGACGCUCAUUUAAAACUGGAUGAUCAAGCUUUCAUUGAUAGCUUUGUUCCCUUUGUUGACAUACUCUCUUCUAAACAGUUACCAAGAAAACUUGUUAUCAGAUCCUAUACAUCUGAUUAUACAUUUCUACUCAAGGGCAAUGAAGAUUUGAGAGGUGAUGAGAGGAUCAUGCAGCUCUUCAACUUGAUCAAUACACUACUUAACCACAGCUCAGAAGCUUUUAGUAGGAAUCUCCAUCUUUUACCAUAUGAAGUCAUUCCUCUCUCUCCUUCAGCAGGCUUAGUCAGCUGGGUAUCAAACACACAGCAGUUACAGUCAAUGAUUCAGGUGAACAGAGCCAAGAACCAGCACAGCUCAGUGAAUGACAAAGAGGUUGCUUCACUUUUAGGUCAUGAUCCUGACACUUUUGAUCCAAAGAGAGAACAUCCAAGAUUUGAUCCACCAGCAGAAAUGGACAAAUAUGAUAAACUACCUAUCCCUACAAAAAUACAAAGGCUGACUGCAGCUUUGUCUCACUCAACACAAAGUGACCUGAAAGAUGUUCUUUGGCAGAAAAGCCCUUCUUCAGAUAUCUGGAUUAGAAGAAGAACAAACUUCGCAAGAACAGUUGGUGUCAGCAGUUUUGUUGGAUAUAUCAUUGGAUUGGGAGAUAGACAUGGAAGUAACAUCUUGAUUGACCAGUUGACUUGGGGAGCACUGCACAUAGAUUUUGGUGAUUUAUUUGGUGUUGCUCACGAUAGAUCUUUUUUACCUGAAAAGGUUCCUUUUAGACUCACCAGAAUGAUGACUAAUGCUUUCGAGCUGGCUUCUAGAGGAGGGCUUGAGACCCCUGGAUCAAGAGGAACAUUCAAACAAGCUUCACUCAUUGUGAUGAAUGUCUUGAGGGAUAGUAGAAGUACUCUGCUGGCCAUGUUAGAGGCAUUCUUGUAUGACCCUCUACUUUCUUGGACUACUAGCCCAGAUGAGCCAUCUCAUGCUGGUCUGGCUGCAGCUCAAUCAUGUACCAUUAAAGCAAAAGAUACAGGUAAAGCCAAAAAGCCUCAUGUGCCUAUACAUGUGGUGCCAUCAAGUCUUGCACCAGCACAAUCAAUCAUGAGAGGAGUUGGAACAGGAUCAGAUGUAUAUAAUCAGAUUGAUAAUUCACUUAUCACCACUUAUAUGGAGACUGACUCUUAUAUGGCAAGGGUUUCAAGCACAGGUAUGACAUAUUCAAAAGCAUUACAAGUCUUAGCUCAAAUUGAGAGGAAAUUGAUAGGUUACCAUGAAGACAGUGAUCAACUGCUAUCUAUCAACAAACAAGUCCAAGAAUUGAUUGAAGAAGCAACUGAUCUCAAGAACCUGUCCCAAGGAUAUGUAUUAGGCUGGAUCCCACAAUGGUAG